CUCAGCCCUUCCGACAACCUUGCUGGAGGCAGGGGUUUCUUCGUAUCAUACAAUGAUUGGCUUCGCACUGAUAAUGCUACACAAAUAAUUAAAAGGAGUGGGCAAUCCGCAAUAUUAUACAUCCCAGGAUCCAUACUAGCUAGCAUGAGGUUGGGGCGUGGUGAUCUACUAGCACCAACACCAGAACUGCUGGAUCCCAGGGACUUCCCGCGUUCUUGGAGGCAGAUGGGUGGUCACAAGGAAGCGCCUACCAGUUCUGGCUACCUAUGCCAAGAGCAAAUACCCCGGUAUGACUAGAGUCUGUGUUGCUAGGCUUGCUAUCGCCUUACUCGAAAGAACCAGCAAAUCUACGGUACCCCGCACAUGUAUGUGAAGUCCUGGUUGGCUGUGGCUGCAAUCGGCUGCGAAAGAAGCUUCAAGCAUUGAAGUUGGCUUUCUCUACAACCACGUUCUCUCAACUGGUGCAGCUGCUGUAUCCUCCACUUUGCAGCCAAUCCAAGGGCUGCUUUGUAAGGUGUCCUUGUCAUUGGUCGACCUCGAAGCGAAACCCUAACCCCAAUCUAAACGAAUGUCUGACCGUGAUCGAAACGGCCAAUAGGACUGGAUUUUUCGCUUACCGUGUUACUCAAAAUCUCCACGCCAAAACUGAACGGCUCUGGAGCUACCAAAUGGCUAUUUCAUUAGAGCUAAGGAUUAAAUUUUGCGAGAGAAAUAGCAUACUUUCUCAUAAAGAGAUACCUUCAACAUAUUCAUUGCUGUAUACCCCUAUAGAUGCAGUUCCAGAAAUCCGACAUUGAGGAGUUAUUAGACAGUGCCAAACGGCACUAACAGUACAUUCUCGAGGACCAACCAAGUCGAAGGACGGUUGCCUCCGAAACAAAGACAGGGUUCUCGCCGCGAAGGACGAGCAUUUGCAAGAAAGAAAGAAAAACUGGGCAUCUCAACUCAAUCACUAACACUGGACACCAAGCUGCAUAGCUUUGAACGCGACAAUCUACACUUCUUCUAUUGGUCUUUUAGCUGGCCUAAUAUCAUACAAUACACAGCACAUCGGGUGAGCAUUAUUCAUUGAAGGAGACUUUUGGCAAUGCGCGGUUAUCCUUUGCAGAGAGAUCGUGGAGCUUUUCUGUAGCGAGCACUGGAUCGUGUCGACCUCCAUCCAUCCUGAGGCAACUUUUCAGGGAAGCAAUGCGAGGAACUGCAGAAGAAGCUGACAAUCUUGAAGAAGCAAUGCAAGAUUGAACCGCAUGUGGUCCUUAGGCCAUGCUAGAUACCCUCUAGCGAUUGGCCUUAUGGAUCCACGAUCUUCUGAAAGAUACAGUGAUGGGUAGCAUAUCUUUGGGUGGGAAUACCACCCAAACUACCAGCCCUAGAGUGGAUCUUCCUGGUCAAGAUUCUCGACGACCGCUUGGGAAACAUAUCCACUCUUUGGAACAUCACUGUUAUCUCAGAUUCGCUUCCCAUUAGUCUCAACAAGUUGCUCCCCAUCUACCCCUCCAAGAAAGCAUUGGAUAAUGCAAUGGGCGUAGUUCUGGAAGACUGACUCAGGAUGAAUUAUGAGCGACGGAAACACUUUGAUUGGAAACGCCAUGGUUGGACAUGCCAUGGACACUGAGGUGGGAACCACAAAGGGGGAGACCUAUCUUGCUGGGGAUGAGGAGAUCGUGAUUGCUCAGGAAGAGGAACGCAUCAUGUCGGGGGAAGUGACUAGUGAAGAGGAUGAGAAAGUGGAACAGCACAUGCUGACUGUUGCAUUGGUCAACAGCGUCGUAGAAACUUCAGCUCCUCAGAGUCCAGCGACAGGGGGCAACAAGUCGCAGGACGAGUCAAAGCAGCGUUAUAGCUUGAGAAAGCGAAGACGUUCCGGGGCAUCCUUGGAACGGCCCAGUGCCAAUCCUGGUACUGCCAAGGCCGCACAAACAAAACGACCGCCAAUAGCAACAACCAAACAAUCUGCACCGAUAACACCAGCUCCGGCGUCUCUCCGACAACCCACAACAGCUAGUAAACAACCAAUAGCAACGCCGAUAGUCAAGACAGAAGCUGUCCCUGCUUGCACUGUAGCAGUGGCAGCUGCACCCCUUCCCGUUCCCUUGGGUGUUGCAUCAGUUCCAAAAGCAUCUUCCCUCCCUCCAGCUCUACAACCUCCCCUCCGACCAAAGAUUCCACCCAUGCCUUCUCCCAGAGCACCGGCAGCGGCUACAACAGCUCGAACCAACGACAAGUCAAAGCGAUUAGUUCCUGCGACACGAGUGAUAGUAUCAUCCCAACCGUUGACCCCCAACCCGGCCGCCACGGGCGUGCCAAAUCCACUCAUCAAUCCGCUUCCAGCAUCCAACUCGCCGUCCAUGGCAGGCAAAGAAGCACCGGAGAACGCGACGCUGGAAGCAGCGCCAGCGUUCAAAGCUGGAACAAAGCUUACCGUUCCUUGUCCUCUCCCACCUGCAACGUUCGAGAACAAUGUGCAACAAGGUGUCGUCAAUCGACCGCCACCUACCGUCAAGUUUGACACCGAACCGGUCCAAGAAAAGAAGAAAGUCACCAUUGCACCCGACCUUCCCCCGUCUCGUGGCAGAAUCUUCUCCAUUGAUCUAGAUCCUGCGUCGCUGGAUUUCUCCGUGUUGGAUACCGGCGAGUCUGGAACUCCUGCGCCAGCUUCUGCGGACCUGCCGCUCGUAACGGGUGGCGGACGUGACCGUGCUUUCUCGUUUGAGUGUUUUGCUUUUGGUAUCAACGCCGAUGAGCCCCUCCCGCCUCUGGGCGCGGAACACGAAACGUCGGAUCCCCAUCAGCACCUUCUUCCGAGACCACGAGGAGACUCCAUUAUCUUUGAUCCCACGAGCUUCCAGGAGGGCGGCAUUCAUGAGGAACGUGCUCUCAAGACUAGAGAAAGCCGGGGGUUGUCCAUCGAUCUGAACACCAAUGCAGAUAUCAUCCCUUCGGCCCCACCUGCCCAAGACUCUGUAUCGUUUGCUAACCAUCCGGGAUCCGUGGAGCACGGACAUGCUCCAGCAUCUGUAGCGUCCAUGCCUGCCGCCCCCGCAAACCAGCCACCACCCACACAACCUCACCCUGUGCCACAUUCUACCCUCCCCGACAGCGCUCCUUCCAGUGUGCGAAUGGGAGUGGCUCAGCAUCCUCACCACCACGCUCGUCCUCACGCAUCGGCGGCGCCGCCUCCGCACCAUCAUCAUCCCGGAGCAUAUCAUCACCAUGCCCCGCCACCUGGUUCCAACGCAGUUGUUCCUAAUCCGGCUGCCCCUCCGGCAGUGGUUGCUUCCUCGGCAACUGGGUCGGCCGUGUCCAUUAUUGGUUCCUGUGCUUCGUCUACCACGUUGCAAAUGGAGUUGCUGAACAAGGAUGGGAGGAUUGGCAUCUACCUUCCGGAAGCUCGAAAGGAACGCAUUGCUCGUUUCCAUGCCAAGAGGAAGAUGCGUAUUUGGCGCAAGCGAAUCAAGUACGAUUGUCGCAAGAAGCUGGCCGACAGCCGUCCGCGUAUCAAGGGUAGAUUUGUCAAGCGAACGGAUAAUGAUUAAACAUGCCCGUUUUGCUUGGUUCAAUCGAUGCUUCUUCUUGGUAGCCGGUGUUGCCAUAACGACGCAGAAACUAUCAGCUAGAGUUGCAAAGGGCUGACUGAGUAACUAAUUGUUUUCUACUCUCUGCUCAAACGGCAUGAUCGCAAGAAUGCAUCAUCGGACGAGAAAUUCAGAACAUGGACUAUGGUUGACUAGCUUUUGGUUAAUUUCUGUAACUUUCAACCUUUCUGAUGCCUACAGUACACUGAGUAUUGCAGAGCUUGUGUCGGAUUGUUUUCAUAGCUACUUCCUUUUCCCUGAGAAACAAUAAUACUGUCCACCUCCAUUGCUCCAUGUAGUAAUAUCUCCUUAUUACAGAUAGAUUAUUUCAAAAACGCCCAAAAGGACGCUCCAGUGGAAAGGGAGUAGACAACGUUGGUUGACAACCCCAAGACAAUCGAGGACCAGACCAAAGUCAACGUCAAAGACUUGUUAUCGAGGGUUGUGUAAUCGUACUUGAUUCCCUUCUUUUCCAUUUCGAAUCGAUUGAAAGCCCAAUCGUUGGGGUUGGCCAAAUAAAAGUCCAUGUUUCCCUGUCCUUCCAUUCGGUCGCAUUUUUCACUGGCCAUGAAUUUGAGUACGGCUUGUUCGUAAUCGGCGGCCUUGAAGACGCGGUUGUAAAAGGGAAUGGGUCCAUGGAGGAGGAGGGUCUUGCCGGCGCCAUAUCCUGCCUCGGGGCCUUCUUCGGGGCUGCUGGGAGCCCAUUUUUCACCGUCCCACUUGGGUGCCAUGGAGAGACUGCUGGUACUACCAGUAGUGCGCUGUUGCACAGGAGCAAAGGCGGCGCAAACGCCCACCAACAAGGCGGCCAGGAUGAUUCGAGUGGUCAUGGUGGAUUAAUUUCUAGCGUGGGAUGAACCAGCAAUUGAAAGAAAAAGAUGGCA